UCAAAGGCAGUCACGCAUGUUUUCAUUGCCUGAUUUGGUUCUGGAGGAAGUUGGAUUUGGGCCUCCUGAUUGUCGUAAGUGAGUUUUAAAUCGCACGUUCGUUCUGUAAAGGUUUAAUGUGAAAUUCCAGCUCAAUUUACCGUUUCGGUAACCGUUGAUGGAUGAUAGCCUGACUAGGGUGUCUGCAGAGGAAGUGUGAUGGGAGAAUUUGGAUGUAAGGAGCUCAUGAUCGAGGAAGUCCGCGUCGCUCGGUGGCAUUCGGACUAGCCGUUGCAGUUCACGGUAUAGAAAUGACUGCCAGAAGGUGAGGAUAGACUGAUCGCAUCUCGCAUGACCCUUAAACGGCAUAAAUCUCGUGCAAUCUAGCUUAUUCUUAGAAUAAUGGGCCAGAUCCGGCGCAGAUCCGGCCUCAGCAGGCUCAGAAACAUUUCCCAACGUCAUCCGAGAUCCCACAGAAAUUGCAGUCAUCCCAAGCGCACCGCCACUGGGUUGGUUCGUAGAUGUGAUGAGGUAGGUUGCAUUUUCACCCUUUGUCUUAUCUUAGAAUCUUCUCUAUUAUUCAUUCCCAACAUAUUCUUACUUGACAGGUUGAGUGCAACCGUCGAGGUUUGCAUUUCAGGGGAUUGAGAUUCUGAUUCAAUUGGGAGAGGUGUUCCACUGCAAAUCCGAAAUGAUCCUAUUCUUUUGUGAGCAAAGAUAUCGUUGCGUAUUUGUUGCGACCAUGAAUCGACAGCGCUGUGUGGAACCGAAUGCAUCGUACCGUUUGGCAACGCUGAGAAGGACGAUAUUCUCUUCUCAGCAACUUGGGUACUGAAUGGGAGAAGGUACACCGAUUCUAGAAAGAUGACACUGAAUUCGUUGCCCGUGCAGUUCGCAGUCGUAGCUGUUGGCUCUUUGAGGUCCAGGACAUACUUGAGCUGCAGAAUCUCGACCUAUACACCUUUUCCCUUCAUGAAAUCGUAGGAUUGCUACGUACACUGCGCAGGUGAUUCACACUGGAAAUGUAGAUAAUUUCCCCAAGUCGUGAAUCUCGUGCUCUACGAGUCCCCCGCAUAAAUCUGCAUCAGGUCAGGCAAAGAUUGCACAGCCCUGAUAGUUUGAUGGCAUUGCUAACCAAGUCUCUAUUUUAGCAUUUGGCCACCAAAACCCGCUCUUGAAAGUCAUAACAGUGCGACAAGUAGACCAGUUCCGCAAUUAGAACAACAAAUCCCAGCUUAAGUUGAAGUAGUGAGCAAGCAAAGAAGCCUUGCAAGCAUUUCGUGACAAGAUAGAAACUUAUUAUAAACUUUUACAUGGAGAUUCUGGAUACUGAAAUUCUUGACUGGUGCUCGACCAUGAUAUCUUCACUUUUUCUGACUCUUGCAAUCAACAGUUCCUUGGAGAAAGUGAACGUGUUAGAGGUCCCGUAUGAAGACACGACCUUAGCUGAAGACAAGCAGCCUAAACGUAUCCCUGGUCCACAACCAUAUGCAUCUUGACAGAAGCGUCUCUGCAGCACAUAAGCUCUAGCGGAGUAACAUUCUCCGAUGAGUCUCAUGUUUUGAACUAGGUUGGUGGACAUGGUGCUGCUUCACAUGGGCAUUAUUGGGUGGAAAGUGUACGCAUGGUAACAAAUCCGAAUCAACAACCCUUUCAUCUUUGAGUUUGCUCUGGGUACAAAGCUCCAGUGUGGGGAGGCUUUUCUCGACUACGAUGUGUAACUGGCUUGUUGCUGGGCACCAGGCAAGCUACCUCGGGAGACCAUACCUCCCAUCACCCUCCUGAUUGCUCUCCUCUUCUGCCGUCACCUCAAUUGGAGUUCAUGCUGAACCUUGGAAUAGUGAUUACUUAAUAUAAUCAAUGUCCAUUACAGCUCUUACUCAGCAUCAAAAAGGUUCAUCACUGCUUGCCUCGUGAGGUUCUCCUCUGAACUCUUCAUCCUGUUGUCUGCAAGUGGAUUAAUCGAGAAUGUGCAAAUCAUUCAUGCGAUUCCGCUUCAUAAUCGAUGAUUACUGAAAUUUGUAAAGUUUGAGGACAUUGCGAGAUACUUUAGCUCUAUGACGCUGUGAGGUAUGCGUCUGCAAUGUCAAUUGGGGUAAUUGAACUCACUUACUCCUUGAAGAAAGUCUCACCUGGAUCAUUUUCUUCAUGUUCUAAAUUUUUUUGCAGCUCUUCAUCAACGUAAUUGGAAACUUCUCGUUGACUGCGGGUUGCCUCUGAAAAGGUGCAACAAGUGGCUACGAGACAAUCCCAUUUUAAGGGAGUAAUUACACUUAAUUUUUUUAUGUCAUGAAUCGGAUCACCAAUCCACUAACUCAGCUGUAUCAUUAACGACAUUUGUUUAGAAGCAGAGCCAGUGUGAUGCAACUAUCCAGGGUUUCUUAAUGUUCUGUCCCUGUAGGUGCACUCAAAAGCAUUACAGAAUGUCUUCUGUGCAGCCAUUUUAGGGUAGCUAUUUGUUUAUACAAUGUUUCUAAAAAAAUGAGCUGCAACUAUCCAUUCUCACAUGCUGGGUAAACAUGUGACAACUUUUUCUUGAGUUAGGGGCUUAACAAUGAAGAAGGGCUUAUGAUACAAAUGACUGUUGAAAUCCCUUAGGCUUCAGGUUUGAUAACUUGUCCAUUGACAGCUUGUGCAGUCUACCUCUUUCCAUAUCCGGUUUUCAACUUUCCUGUUCAAAUCCAAGAGCAUUGCUUCACACUUAGUCUGAAGCAACAAAUGCAUGGUACUGCUGAAGAGCUUCCUCACCUGAUCUUGAGCUUAAGCUCACAAUAUCUUAACCUUGGGCAUUUUACACAAGCUGACUCAAGAAGCUUGAACGUGAUGAAAUUGAACGAACGCACCUCAUACUUUCUCACGUUAUCUCGCACCCAUUUGAUUUCUUUCCACAUCUGACGUUGCAUUUUGCAGAGACAAACACAUUUUUCUAUCCUCAGCACUGCGAAGAGUUUUCACACUCAACGUCUCACUCUUCGCAGUUCUUCCGGAUUGCAGAAUAGUUCUGAGAACAAACCUACUCUCAGUCGCUUCAGUUAGCAAUAAUCCACACCAAUGCCUUUUACUUCUUCGUCUCACCAUCUGCGCCAUUCUGUUUGAUUAUGAAGGUGUUGCUCUUCGAAGAUCUAGGCGGUUGGGAGUAAUCCCAGUGACGUAGGGAUGAAUUUUACAGGAAGAUUCCCAAAUACUUCACGUCAUAGGACACUGGCAUGGUGGCUGUUACUGCUGGCUGCUAAGAGUGUUGACAUUGUAAGAGGCUCUUUGUACAGCUUCGAAGUUACGCACAGAUACUCCGAGAAGGCGAGGAAAGAGCUCCAGGAGCGCCAUGGACAAGCAUUUCAAGAUUGGCCACAGCAAGGUUCACCAGAGUUUCAUGACAUGCUCUUCUUCUUCGACCUUCGUCGCCACUUAGGGCGCAUUGCUGCAUCCAAGACGCCACCGCUCAUGGCAAGCUCCACAGGAAACACCACCUACUACAACCAAUAUGACGGGUUGCAAUACACAUACAUUGAAAUUGGAACCCCUAGCCAGGCGUACUUCGUAGCAUUGGACACCGGGAGUGACUUGUUGUGGCUGCCCUGCGCGCAUUGUGUCUCGUGUGUCGCUUCAGUCUCUACUGAAUUUAGCUCCACAUAUAACGUGUAUGAUCCGGCAGUUUCGACAACGUAUAAGGGAGUAGGGUGUGGCAGUCCAUAUUGUGAUAUGGCUAGACAAUGUGCUUUGGGCUCAACGCAAUGCCCUUACCAUUUGCAGUACCUUUCACCAGCUUCCUCUGAGGGCUACCUUGUGGACGAUGUUAUCUAUCUCACCCCACAGAAUGGUGGAGACAAGAUUGCCAUAGCCAUUGUUUUUGGGUGUGGAACAAAUCAGACUGGGGCGUUCCUUAAUGGUUCUACGGUGCCAAAUGGUCUUCUUGGACUUGGCAUGCGAGGUAUAUCUACUCCGAGCAUUCUGGCUCGAGCGCAGGUGGUAGCGAAUUCCUUCUCGAUGUGCUUCGAUUAUGAUGUGGGCACCGGAAGGCUUGUCUUUGGAGAUCGAGGCUCCCCACAUGCGGAGAGUACUCCCAUCCUCACCAGAUUAUCGCCCCCAUAUUACUGGGUGAGCUUGACCUACGUGGUUGUGGGCGGAAAACAUGUGCUGACGCCGGCAGUGGCUAUAUUCGACACAGGAACCACAUACACUUACCUGACCACCACCUAUUACAACAAGGUCGCAGCCGCUUUUUCACCCAUGCCUGUGCAGGUUGACCGAGCAGUGCCUUAUCAAAGAAUGGUCAGCCCUGUGGACGCUUUCGAUCUUUGCUAUGCGCUAGACAUAGACAAAACUAGUGUGGAAUUACCUGCUAUCGCUCUUCACUUUUCUGGUGGGGCGAAGCUCGAAGUUAUUCGACCAUAUGUUCUCAUCGGCGACUCUCAGGAUAGAAUACUUGGAUUCUGCUUGGCGCUGAUGGAUAGCCAGAGUGAUUAUAGCAUUAUAGGGCACAAUUUCAUGGUCAAUCACAGCAUCACUUUUGAUCGUGUAAAGAAUAAGAUCACUUGGAUUCAAGUUCCUUGCUCCGCAAGUCAACAUAUGAGAAAAGGCGAUUCUUGUGGGAGACAAACGCUUUUGGUGUUCCCAUUUCAAUACGAAAUGAAGAUUAGGGAAGGGACAGGGUUUACAGCUUCUAUCCUUGUUGAUAAGUCUAUCAGUAAACGUAGUUCUUUCCCUCACUGAUGGACGAUCCUUUCGAGUAACACCUCAAACUAGAAAGUCUGAUCCCAUCCGAAAUUCUGUCCACCCAUAGGAUUCAACCUUUUUCAGGUGUUAAUGCAGUCAUUACCACUUAGCUCAUGAGAGCAAACUGAAGGAGGAGAUGAGAUGAUAACCCCAGUUUAGGACACGCUUCGUGGAGGACCAAGCAGUCAAAUUUGAUUGCAAGUCUUCUGUGCUACGAUGAAGACAUGCAACGUCUAGAAACAACGUCUAGACAUGCAACUGUAGAUGACGAUAAGAAUUACUUGCGACAGGAGAGGAAAGUAAGUGAAGAUUGCUGAUCUUCGUCUCAUCCGAUUUCACCAGCAACCUUUGAUAUAGAGGCUUGAAUUUCAGUUUUGAAUUGGAUCUUGACAGAUAUUAAAUAACACGAACAAGAUAGAAAGUCGUCUAAAAUCAUCAAGACCUGUGUUUUUAUGACGUGCUACAAAAAAUUGUCAUAGCUUCCCAUAGAAUUCAUUAGUGAUGAAGCAGUAAUGUUAAGAGCACUGAGUUGUAGUGUCUUUUACAA